ACCUCAGACACGGACGCACCAAACGGUGCGCUUCAAAAAUAUCCCGCCUGAAGCCAAACCAGAGGAACUCGCGCUGACUUCCGAGUCCAAGUUAUUGUCAAAACUCAAAAUGAAGUUUCGAGGGAAAAUCGUGGACGUCGCGUGCCUCAACCAUUUCAGCCGAGUCAUCACCACCAUCUCAAAGCUGACGAAGAUGUGCGUCCUGCGACUGACUCCAGACCACCUGUUCUUCGUCCUGUCGGGUAAAGUGGCCAACGGAGGCGUCAGCAUGUGGUGUGAACUGUCACAGGCCAACUUCUUCGAUGAGUACCAGAUGGAGGGCGUGUCCUCUGAGGACAAUGAGAUUUGUCUGGAGGUGACUCCAGAGAACCUGUCCAGAGCCCUGAAGACGGUCCAGAACGCCAAGGCCGUCAAAGUGAAACUGACCAAGAAGCACUGCCCCUGCCUCACCAUCGCCGCCGAGCUGGUGAAACAUUACGUUUGUUGUGUUCUUGCAGGACGUUGGUCUCCGUCACCUCCACAUCAGGCCUCACCCACCCUGUCCAGCGUCAGCCGAGUCGUCACUCACGACGUCCCAGUUGACGUCAUCCCCCGGAGACUCUGGCACGAAUUCAAAGAACCGAGCAUGCCAGACUUCGAUGUCAGCAUCUACCUGCCUCCUCUGAAGACGAUAAAGAACGUCGUGGACAGAAUGAAGAACCUCUCCAACUUCCUGGUAAUGGAGGCCAACCUGAAUGGAGAGAUGAACCUGAAGAUCGAGACAGAUCUGGUUUCUGUCACCACUCACUUCAAAGACCUGGGAAACCCUCCGUGGGGUAAAAACUAUGUUACCGUCACCUGUUGCGAGCCAUGCCGGCAGCGUGUCUGUGGCUCUGUGUCAGUCUGUCGGCCGUCCACUGCGGUCCAGACUGAAAUAUGUCAACAAGUUCUUAUGCCUUAUGUGAUGAUGACACUUCCUGUCCUCGAGAUCAGCAGCUUAAAUGUGCUAGAAAAACUUUCCCCAGCUGAUGGAGGAGCUCACAAUGGUUCAGGUUUUAGUUCAGGAUCCGGCUCCAGCUCCAGACCCUUGUUGGGGGAGAUGUUUCACACAUUUCUCGUCUUCCUCCUCUCUCCUUUUGUCCUCCACUCAUCUCCCUCCGUCCCUCUCUGCUUCCUGUCCCUCCAGGUGAAGACGCCUCCCAGGAUGGCGGCCCGUCUCAGAGCAGGGACCCAGAGGCCAUGGCCCAGGCCCGGGUGGACAUCAGGAAGCUGCAGCAGUUCCUCAUGGGACAGCAGGUCAACCCCAGCAAGGCCAUGUGCAAUAUCGUCCACGAGAGGGUCGUCCACCUGAUUCUGCUGCAUGAAGACGUGUCGCUGCAGUAUUUUAUCCCCGCUGUGGCGUAGACGCUCUGCAGACCACACAAGUUACUUCUGCUCGUUGAGUUUGGGGGAAUGAAAAAUGGGCUGCGGACCUGUUUCGGCUGUUUCCCCCCAUCGGCGAGGAUUCUUCUUUCGCGUUUGAACCCACGAGACAAAACUCACCAUGUCUGGGAGUCUGCCCUACAUUUGAAUGAGGUUGGUUCCAGUCCUCACAGUGGACCUCAGGAAGACUUUACCCACUGAGCUUUGGUGGUAGUAAGGACAUGCUGGUAAAUAUACAUUCACCAAGGAGGAAGGUGAAAACAAGUGUCAUUGGACAGAAAACAGAGUUGCACAUUAAUUGUUUGAGAAGACGUUCAGAUUGUUUUGUGUUUUGUAUUAAACGUGUUGUGGCAUUUA